GUAACUUGGAAGAAGCAGUCGACGAAAUCUGUAUCGAAGAAGAUAUUAUACUUUCACCUAGAAAUACUGAUGAAAUCAACGUCGCGGAGAUAAAAUAGCCGCUACCUUCUUUUAACUUUUUUUUCUUCUACAAAUUAACAUGGACGCAAGCACAUCAUCCACGUUGCAAUGGGAAAGAUAUCUGCAAAAAGACGUGCUCAACCAUAUUGCUCUGUAACAACACACAAUGGGUGUGAGAGGACUGCUGUCUUAUGUCCAAGGACAAUGUCCUGAUGCUUUUGAACGUGUGGAUCUCAGAAGACUAGCUGACCAGUAUUAUCAAAGGUACAACGCCAAGCCUCAGCUGUUGAUUGACUGCAAUGGUUACAUCAGGGAUAUCUAUGGAUCACUUGAGUUUGCCUUUGGGGGGCAAUGGCUUCAGUAUUUAGAACACAUCAAAGAGUUUAUAAGAUACUUUCAAAAUGCUGGAUUUGAGCUUCUUGUUAUGUUUGACGGAGUUGUGGAAAAGAAGAAAUUUAAAACCUGGAUUGAUAGGAGGCAAAAUGAAAGGAAAUCUGUUUCCAAAAUCUUUGAUUUCAUCAAGCAUUCAGGACGGCAUCCUGACCACAAGCUGUUUCACAUCCCAACAAGUCUUAGCACUCUUACACGUUUUGCAAUGAAGGGCCUUGGAGUUACCAUCUACAAUUCUUCCAUAGAGGUUGAUAGAGAACUGUUUCUCCAUUGCAGGAAUAGUAAAAGCUUUGGAAUUGUCAGUAGGGACACAGACUUCAUGAUCUUUGAUGUGCCACAGUGGUUAUACAUAACCUGCAGCAAUGGACAUGUCAGAGAAGUGCAACUGUUCAGGAGAGAUAUCUUUUGUCACCAUCUUGGUAUUCCUCCACAGUUCUUACCUCUCCUUGCUUGUUUACUAGGUUGUGACACAGUGUCUUUUCCUAUGCUCUCUCAGUUCCACAAAAGAGUGACUCGUGGCAAACGUGAUCCACUUGUUCCUAGUGUAGCAGGUUAUAUCAGAUCUUUACAGCUACGAGACCUGUCAAAAACAAGCCUGCAUUCUGUUGCCUAUGAUGUAGGAAGAGCUUUCCAACAUGAUUACUUGUAUGAGUGCAUCCAGGACUAUGCUUGUGACCAGAUGCAAGGGAGCGAUGUCCCAUCCAGAAGUGGUGCUGCUGCUGGUCCAGCAAGAGCUCCUGUUGAGUCAUCAUGUACAUCAAACAUAAACCAGUCUGUGAUGAACAAGGUUGCUUCUUAUCACAGGAAUUUGGACAUUACUGACUUUGUUCUGCAGGUCAUAGCCCUUCAAGAGUACAGAAGUAACAUGACCAUGGAUGACGACACUGACACUGCCACACCUUCCUCUGGUCUCGUGUACAGACCUAUCCGCCAACGCCUUUAUGGCAUCCUUCUACAGUCACCUGUUCAAGGAAGCGCGGUGGGUGUGUCUGGACCAGUGAAUGCAGGAGGGCUUUCAGUACAGUUUGGAACUGUGGAAGAAAUGUGUGCUUAUGCUGGAAAUCCAAUGGAUGUCCCAGAUGUUGUUCAGGGGAUGCCCCUAGAUAUUGCUCCUCAUCCCAGAUUAGAAGACCUUUGCGUUGAUGAUAUCACAGAUGAUGUUAAAAGGUUACGCCUUCGGGUCUUCUUCUCCUGCAUGUACUGUACCAAGCUCUUUGAAGAUGGAAUCUUGGAUGCCAUCCCAGAUCAUCACAUCCUGCUCUGCUGCAUCCUCCAUUUUCUGCUCCUCCAUGCUCCAGAGUCUACUCUAAGGUCAUGUGAUAUUGAUGCCUUCAUAGCACAAGCCAUAUGCUUCCAGGGUCAUAGCCCAUCAUCACUGAAGCAAUUGCAGGUUCCUAGAGUAAGUUCCAGGGGAGUUCACCGAGCAGCCAUCUUUGUGAGAGGCCUAACUACAGGUCUCUUUGCCAACUCAACCUGUUGUCUUCCAUUUCGUAUGGAAUCACUGAUGCCAUGGUACACGUUUGAUGGCAAACUCUUUCACAUUAAAUACAUAGCGGCAGAGGACGGAAGUACCCUGGAGCAGCUUUGUGAACAUAAGCCAAGAGCCGUGGAAAUGUUUCAUAAGAUGAAGGGGUGGAUCAUCCGAGGAACAAGACUCCAGAGCCACUAGGAAACUACUGAUAAUACAAGUAAGGAAAUUGUUUUGAUGGAUUUUUAUAUAGUUGGUGUUAGAUUUUGUAUGUUGAUUUGACAUGUGGCUGCAGAGGGGGGGGGGGCACUCAGAUUUGGAAAAGGCAGGGCGUGCAUCCCUGAAAUCUGAAACUAUAGUCUAUGCCAUUAAGAACUGAAAUUUCUUUAAAAUGAGGGGCUAAGAACUAAAUGGCCCUUUGCAAAUGGGGGUGCUUGGGAAGUGGAAUUAUAACAUGAAAUUAGGGUCAGUGAGAACUGACACCUGAAAUAAGGGGCUUAGGAAAAGCAGUAUGGUCAAUGAAAAAGGGUAAAAGAGAUAUGCUUGGGAACUGCUGGCAAGGUGUGAACACGGGGGGGGGGGGGGGGGGUAGGCUUAAGGGCUAGUGCACAUACUCAUACUGCCAUUAUACAUGAGUCCCCCUCCGAGUUUCAUGAUUUAAUGUGAUAAAACAUCCCUUGAAAUAACUCCCAAAUAGUCAUUUAUCGUGUUAUUUUUGUGGUUAGAUUUUGUUCACAAUGUCUUAUAAUUGGUUAUUAGAUGUGAUGGAAACCCUUGGAAAUUUCCCCAGUAAUGAACAAAAGAAAAUAUUUAACUGCUUCUUAUACUUACUCUACAUGUAGAUGAAUGAAUGGAAUUUUUGAAUUACACAAAGAAAACAUGUAUUAAUGUCAAUAUAACCAGAAAAAGCUCCUCUGGUAUUCAGUGUUAAAUCAAUGACUUAUCUCUUUGUUAAGUAAGUUGAUAACUCAUUAUAUCUCGCUAAAGAAAUUUGAAACUUGCAAUUUUAUUGUCGACUUCCUACACCAAAUCUUAUUUUACUUGAUAUUCGUAUGAUGAAGCACAUGAGAGACAAACAGGAUGCGUUUCUUCCACUCCUAUCUUUCAAAUGCAUGAUAUUGAAAAACAUAAGUAACUAUAGAAUUCCACCCAGUCUUGGAAUGAUAAUAAAGGGCCGUAAGCAUUCCGUCUUGAUCUUUAUUGGUAUCAAGAGAAUAUUGAACCAGUAUGAAACUAGGUCUGUACUCUUCAAGGAAGACACAAAGUCAAGAAAUCAUAUCGAAAAGUUAAUACCACCUUCUAGAUGUUUAGUGUUAAUAAUUUGUUUG